GGAAUGGCCGAUGGUGAGAAGCGGUGGAGACGAGCGAGUGAUGAUUCCGGCUGAUUUUGGCGAGUCGUCGUUUGGAAUUUUGACUUUUGGGCAUUUUUAUGUUGCUUUUUUUUUCAGCAGUGUUUGGUUUCUGUUUGUCCGUUGUCUUCCAGUAUGGAUGGCAUCUUUCUUUUCUUGUUUUUUAGAGAGGCCAGUUCUUUCUCUUCUAGACUUUUGGAUCGGCCAGUUCUUUCUCUUCUUCUCUUGCAGAAUGGCCGGCUUCGUUUUCUUCUUGUCUUUUCGAAAGGCCAGUUUUUUUUCUUCUUUUUCUUCUUUUUUAGAGUAGCCGGCUUCUUUCUUUUCUUGUCUUUUAGGGAGGCCAGUUCUUUCUCUUCUAGACUUUUGGAUCGGCCAGUUCUUUCUCUUCCUCUGUCUCAGAAUGGCCGGCUUCGUUCUCUUCUUGUCGUUUAGAGAGGCCAGUUCUUUUCUUUCUCUUGUUGUCUUUC